AUGGCGGCCAAAGAGAUAUUGCAAUCAGCCAUCCAGCAGAUAUUUCCCAAGAACUGCUUCGACACAAUGAUUGUAGAGAUGGACUUCUUGAAUAGUAAGUGUAAUAUCGUUUGAUUAUUUGUUUUUAGAGGAGUGCUUGCCUGCUGUGUUCAGUAGAUGUCUUGGAUUUGCUUUGACCGCCGGUUCAUUGGGUAUUUUGGUACCUCAAAUCUUGAAGAUCAAGAGCAAUAAGUCUGGAGCGGGUAUCUCUUUGAUCGCACAAGCUCUGGCAUUAGUAGCUGCUGGUUCUACAGCUGGAUACAGUUACGAAAAAGGAUUUGCUUUUAGGUGUGUUGCGGUUUUUGUUGAUUUAAAUUAUUUUUAGACAACACAUCUUUUUGUAAACUUUUUUGUUUUACAUGACGCCUAAAUUUUAAUAGCUUUUGACAUAUUAUUUGGUAUUUUGUGUUAUUGAGCUCUAAUCUGUUAAUUUUUAGUCAAUGGGGAGAUUCUUUAGCUGUUUUCGUGCAAACAGCUAUCAUAAUCAUGCAGAUAUUACACUACAAUGGAAACACACCGAGUGCGUUCUCUUUUAUGGCUGUUACUUGGAUGUUGACAACUGCUGUCAUGUAUCAUCAUGUACCGAUGAAAGUUUUGGUAUUGCUGCAGUCUUCGACGAUUCCUAUUAUCACAGCUUCCAAGGUAAUUUGUUAUAUAUUACCUAGUUUUCUGUCUUGGUUAGUCAGUGUCAGAACAGAGUAUUUUGGUAAACAAACACGUUUGCAAACGGGAUAUUGUAAAGAGUAAAUGUUGAGAAAGAAUAAAAAGAAAUAUAGUAUUAAUAUACAUUAUUAUUAUUACUCUUUGUUUAGGGAAUUCAAAUCUGGACAAACUACAAACAAGGAUCGACUGGGCAAUUGUCUCCGAUCUCUGUAACGUUAGCUUUCUUGGGUUGUGUAGCCAGAAUCUUUACCUCAAUUCAAGAAACCGGAGAUAACUUGGUAAUUAUAUCUUACGUGGUAGCUACAACACUCAACUUCAUCUUGGUUGCUCAAUUGGUCAUCUACUGGAACGUUGACGACAAGAAAAAGAAGAAGGAAUAA